CGCGGAGCACUAAUAAAUCUUUAAACCCGGAGGAAACUCCGGCUGGCUGGUGGUGCGCGCAGCUCCGGCGGGGCGUGGGCUACGGCUGGAGCAGCCCGACCGGCCAAACCCUCGAGGCCACGCACCGCAGGGAACCGGUGGUUCUCUUCCGUAAACAUACCCCCCUCGGCGGCGUUUUCCCCGCGGCUCGUGCCGGCCACCCUGGGAGCCCGAGGCGGUUCCGACUUGCUAUGUAACGGCGAGGCUGCUGGACGAGGCUGACGGGCGGGAGGGGAGCCACCGGGGGCCAAGUUUGCGGCCACUUCGGCAGGUAGCCGGCUAGCCCUUGCCGGCCCCUUCCGUAGCCGAGCCGGUCCCGGUGCCCUCGGUCUUCUCGCGCUCCCAGCUGCCGCGGUUCCCAGCGACAUGGUGACGAUGGAGGAACUGCGCGAGAUGGAGUGCAGCGUGCUCAAAAGGCUGAUGAACCGGGACGAGAACGCCGGCGCCCUGGGGCUGCCGAGCGGCGGCAAGUGCCUGCUGCUGGACUGCAGGCCGUUUCUGGCCCACAGCGCGGGCUACAUCCGAGGCUCGGUCAACGUGCGCUGCAAUACCAUCGUGCGGCGGCGGGCCAAGGGCUCCGUGAGCCUGGAGCAGAUUCUGCCCGCCGAGGAGGAGGUGCGCGCCCGCCUGCGCUCCGGCCUCUACUCCGCAGUCAUCGUCUACGACGAGCGCAGCCCGCGCGCCGAUAGCCUCCGCGAGGACAGCACUGUGUCGCUGGUCGUGCAGGCUCUGCGCCGGAACGCCGAGCGCACCGACAUCUGUCUGCUCAAAGGUGGCUAUGAGAGGUUUUCUUCAGAGUACCCAGAAUUCUGCUCCAAAACCAAGGCCCUGGCAGCCAUCCCUCCUGUGCCGCCCAGCACCACUGAGUCCUUGGACCUGGGAUUCAGUUCCUGUGGGACCCCACUUCAUGACCAGGGAGGUCCUGUGGAGAUCCUGCCCUUCCUCUACCUUGGCAGUGCCUACCAUGCUGCCCGCAGAGACAUGCUGGAUACCCUGGGGAUCACAGCCCUGUUGAAUGUCUCCUCGGACUGUCCCAACCACUUUGAAGGACAUUACCGGUACAAGUGCAUCCCAGUGGAAGAUAACCACAAGGCCGACAUCAGCUCCUGGUUUGUGGAGGCCAUCGAGUACAUUGAUGCUGUGAAGGACUGCCACGGGCGCGUGCUGGUGCACUGCCAGGCAGGCAUCUCACGCUCGGCCACCAUCUGUCUGGCCUACCUGAUGAUGAAGAAACGGGUGAGGCUGGAGGAGGCCUUCGAGUUUGUCAAGCAGCGUCGGAGCAUCAUCUCUCCCAAUUUCAGCUUCAUGGGGCAGCUGCUGCAGUUUGAGUCCCAGGUGCUGACCACAUCCUGUGCUGUGGAGGCUGCCAGCCCUUCUGGGCCCCUGCGGGAGAGGGCCAAGGCCACCCCAACCCCCACCUCCCAGUUUGUCUUCAGCUUCCCUGUAUCUGUGGGGGUGCACUCGGCCCCCAGCAGCCUGCCAUACCUGCAGAGCCCCAUCACCACUUCCCCCAGCUGUUAGGCCAGUCUCGGUACCCCUAGAACAGAGUUGGCUCCCAGCAAGUGUUGCAUGGGCCACAUGUGGGCAGCAAGUAGGGACUGAGCAGCUGGGGCCAGUUGACCAAGCUCCGUCCUCCAUCUAUUUCUCCUUGGCCAACCACAAGGCCAGCUAAAAUGGCAAUAAGAACUCUGAAUACACAUUCAAAGCAAACAAACGAAACACUCCAACUUAGAGCAAUAAUGGCAGCGUCAGCAGCCAGGGAAGACUUUGGUUUGGUUUGUGUCAUUUUUACUUUUCAGGUAGAAAUUUCUUACCUCAUUUUUUUAAGCAGUAAGGCUUGAAGUUAUGAAACCCACAGAUACGGCAAAUGUGCCCAACCAGUUUUAGUAGUGGGGAGGGAGGGAGAGGGAGAAGAAAACAAGUUUUCCAGAAGUGCCUGGUUCCAUGUGCUUGUCCCCUCUGUAGUCACAGGCAUUGUACUUUAUUUUGUGAAAGAUAUCUUCUAGGGCAUGGUUUUCAUUUGUAAUUAUUCAUCAGCUGAGUGACUAUGUUCAGUAGUAAAUAGAAGUAUUUAUUGGGAAUGUCUUCAGGAUGUAAGUCCAGGAGUCUAGUGACUGGAAUUUAGAAUGUAUUUGUGUUGAGGUCACACUGCGGAGCAUAGUGUGCAGAUGCCCAAGCAGCAAGGAAAUGAGUGGUGUCUUGUAUCCCUGCCAGUCACGAAGACCAUCAUGCUUCGUGCCAGAGAAGCAGGCAGGAUGGUGUGCCAGGAGAAAGAAAACUAUUGUUAGUCACUUGUAGCUGGUUUCUGGGCACACUGACCUAAUCAUACAACCUUUUCUCCCCAAGGAUCAAUUUGGUGGUGGUUGGAGUAUUUUCUUCCAAUUUGCUUAGAACUUGGAUAUUGUCAGAUACAAACCAUAUUCUACAAAGUGCUCCUGGGCAAUUGGGUGCAAUUCAGAUGUUCCUGUACUGAAUCAUUUGGCAAGGCCACAGCGGAUACCUGAAGUGAAUGAAUCCUUUUGAUGCAUAAAUUGGAGUUUUCAAUUAGGGGCUGUACUUGAAGUUUACUGACAAAUUCUUGUGUUAAUAAAUUCCGUUGGAUGAA